AUGGCGUCUGAGUACGGCGCUGUCGCCUCGAUGCCCAGACCGGGCCACGCGGGCCAGGGGCCAGAGGAGUCUCCAAAAGAGCUGCAGGAGGUGACUUCCAGUGUCGUUCGCACCAUGGAGGAAGUACAGAGGAACCUUUGUAUGCAGGAAACCGUGCAAAGCGCCCGCCAACUCGUUCACCAGGCGUCGAGAUGCACGCCGAGAGAACGCGUGGUGAAGAUCAACGAACGCUUCCACGUCAUAAAGGACCUGAUAGAGUCACGCGUCUCAGACGAUGAGCUCAGGAUACAGACGUUGGAAUGUAUCGAGCAGAGCAUCAUGUGGGAGAGGCCUGCCGACAAUGUAGCGCGGGAGAUCGUGGAGCUAUGUUUCCACACCAUAGGUACGCAGAUCAGCCCCGGUCAAUACGAGGUUUGCCGGCGCAUAUUGGGCAAUCUGCUCGACGGUUCGCUGACAUGCGCGGCAUCCAGCUCGUUCGACUCAUUGCUGGGACUAUUCGCCAGGCUGAUAGAUAGUGUGCCCGUAGGCAACGGCGGGUCUGAGGGCAGCCCAAGUCAGCGUGGAUUCCACGAUGCGGCAGAGCGGACGUGGCGCAUGCAAAUGUUGUCUGGAGUGUUCGAUUUAUUGUUCAAGCAAAAAUCGCAAGCCAAGUACUUCACCAAACUCCUCCCCAGAAUAGAAAUGUUCUUCAAGAGCGCCAAAAUAGAGAACGACGAUUUCCACUAUGCAGUUGUCAAGGUCACAUGCCAAACGCUUAAAACGUGCUCCAAUGCAAUCGAAAUGAACGUAAAAGACGUCGAGUUGCUCACCAGGAAUGUGUUCAACGCUAUAGUGGCGCUCUUGCAGAAGGCGGAGUCCUACGACAGGCGCGCCUCGCUGAUGGCGUGCAUGGCCCUGCUCACCAGCAGCGGCCUCAACAAGGCCUUGCUUGCAGAAAUCACUGCGGGAGACCUGCUGUUCAGGUUGAACGAGGGCUGGCAGAACGAGGCGAUGGUGGGCAUCUGCAUCAUAUCGGUGUUCAUAGAGUGCCUACACCACAUGAAGGACGAGGACUUCACAGGCGUCGCCGACAACUGCCUCAGGCUGCACAACGCAUACUCAAGCACGGAUGACUACCACAUGCGCGAACGGCUCAUCACGUUUCUGCACGCUUUCACGAGGAGGCUGAGGAGCGCCUACGACGACAUCAACUAUAGCGACCUGCCCAUGUUCCAGGAUAUUGCAGCCGUGCUGUUCCACAAGGCGACACACGAAAUACAGGCACUCAAUGUGCCGGCGGUUAUGUGGAAUGACGCGAGUUACGUCAAGUUCGUUAAAGCGACCAUGCCUGCGCUCAUCAAGAUGGCGGUGAACUGCAUAGCGGCCUUAUCGGUGGCGGAACAGACUGACAAGCCAAAGCCAACCACGCCCAACAACACGCCCGUGCUCGGCGCGUCCGUACAGGAGGGUGCGGACAAGUCAACCACUGUUGUCAAAGUGGAAGAGGAGAAGCUAGCAUUAGGUUCAGCAGUUGAUGAGGAGCCGCAGAUGCCACCCAGCAAAAGGAAGCUGACGCAAAUAGAGUCGUUGGAGAUAUGCAAGAGUAUCUGCGCCAUAUUAAAUGCGGGUGCGACAGCGAGGUCCGUGAUGAUUGACAAAGAGAAGUCAGGGGGCCCAAAAGACCACCUGCUGGAUCAUAGGGAUAUCAAGAAGUUCAUUAAGAUGGCGCUGAAAAUGUUCGUGGGUGCAUUCAGGUCCACCGCGCUCAAGCAGUGGACUAAACUCUUGAUACCAGUUGUCUUUGUCAUGAGCCUGAAGGACAGAUUCAUCACCACUGUCCUGGACUGCUUCAAAAAGGGGUAUGUGGAAACCUUUGCACCGCACAUGCUCACCUUCAUCCUCCAAGUGCUCAAGAACCAGAACAAUGUGGUUGAGUAUGUCAAAAAUGUAGCUGCGUACAGUGAGGGGGUCAUCGGCCUUUUCUCGCUCAACGACUGGGAGCCACGCGCCAUUAACCUGGUGGAGGAAGACGCGGAGGCGAUCAUCGACCUCGCGCUGGCGAUCGCCAAACAUAUGUUCAAGUCGUUUGCGGACGUUCCAGAGGCUGUGACGGCCUGUCAAGCGGAAAUACGGUGCCUAACUACGGUUAUCUCCAGGCUCAGUGUCAAGCAAACGUACCCGUACAUAUCCGUGGCAACUGCCAUGUUCAAGGGCAUCAACAAACUCCAGGAGCACUCGGGUGCGCUGUUGGUUCUACGUGGGCCCAUUGAGACGAUCGUGCGCAAAGUCAUCAAAGGCGGGGCAAACGUGCAUCGGGACUGGCUGAAGCUCAUGAUGGCAGCCGUUUCCAGGGGGCCGUUCAAGCCGGAACUGGUGACCAUGUGCGCCAAGCCUGCGCUUUGCAUACUGAGGGACUUCAAGUGGGACAUGGUGCCUGACGUGCUGGAAAUGCUGGACUCGUGGGCGGAGAACUUGCCACCGGAUGAAUUUUACAACCUGGUGGCGCCAGUCACCAUAUACAAAACCUCGACUGUCAAGCCGCACUUUAUCCAGUGCCUGAGCACGUACCUGCAAGACCAAACGCUUCCCCGCUUCAGGCAAAAUGCCAAGAUCAUCAUGCACAUGUUCUCCAAAAUCGGAUCGUAUGCGACGAAAUAUACCAGGGACAUGCGUCUCAGGCACGACAUAAAGCAUGCCAUCGCCAUCCCAAUAGACAUGCAUCCAGUAGGAAAAGAUGAAGUUGACGAUGAGAUGUCGACUGACAUACCAAUGUUGCAACUCAGCUCGGAUGAUUCCACCUCAGGGAUGACCGAUUAUACCGCGGUGUCAGAUGAAAAAUCAGAUGCUACCCCAAAGACAAGCGGAGAUGCGAGUGACUUCGAAGGAAGCUAUUCAAGGUCAGGCUCGGGUGUGGAUGAUGUUUCUAUGGAUAACAAUGUGCCAAAUGCUAUUGGGCUCGGUAUUCCCGUAAUGGAUGGACUGAACAGUGUGAUUCGGCAGAUGUCCAAACCACAUGUCAGCCACACGGAAUUCGAGGGAGUUGCUGUGUUCGUCCAAAAUGCAACCGCCCCCAUGAUGGACUUUUCUGUGUCACUUGCGGAGUGUGGCCUGACACUGGCCAGCAAGGGAACCGGCAACCCACCUACUCGAGGGGAGAACACAAAGUACCUUACCAGUGAAACGACGAAAGAAUUUGUGUUUACCAUGAUGCAUGCAAUGGUUAAGGCUGGCGCUGUUGGCAAACGGUGUUUUGCGGAAUCACAGGUGUAUCGUGAGCUUGGCAUGUUGAUGAACACGCUCGUGAGGUAUAUCGUUAUCACGUCCGAAACCCACGCCCAGACCACUAUGGAUGUCUGCGUUGACCCCGUUUUAGUACUGCAGGGAGUUGCGGCCCGGAUUGUGGCCGUUCGCGAAGAAACGGAAUACAACUUUGGGAUGCCACGUGAAUACGUGGACCCCCUGGAAUUGGAGGUUGCCACAGAUUUCCUGAGGGAUGUGUUCACCGCGGCGCAAACCACACAGUGUAGCAAGCUCUGCGACACUAUUCUCACCAUGCUGUGCCUGGCGUGCAAUUCGCACGACGCCGACGAAAAAGUUGGUGCGUGUAUGGCACUGGUGAAAAUAUGUGAAGAUCAUCCAAGUGUUGUGCAACCUGUGGUGCUAGAUGUUGCCAACUCCGUUGCACAGCUCAGCGAUGGUGAUGCAGCAGCUAUACAAGCCAUGAGCAAAGCCCUUGAGGCGCUCCUCGUGGCCGACGAGGCUGCCAUGAUAAACUGGGCAGUCUCGUUGCUAGAACAUCCAGCGUGGUACCUCCGUUCAACUGGGCGUAUGUGCCUAAAGGUAGCGAAGAACACGGCAGAAGUUGCGGCUAAGAUGCAGAAAAUCAUCUCCAUUGCACGCAACUCGCAAAACCCAGAUGUACAGCUAUUCGUGGCGACUAUGGAAAAUGGUGACAUCUCCUUGCUACAAUCAGCUGUUGGGAACCUGCAGACCUAUGUUCAGUCUAUGAACGGCGGAGAGGAGGCAAACGCCACGUUUGGGGCACAGGUUGAUGCUUACAUUGAAGUGCUCGGGGUGUUACUGACUAGCGAAGAGUACGCUAAGGCGGCAGAGGAGCUGGAGGACACGUUCAACCUCAUCCUUGUCUGGUUCUUGAAGCUUAUGAUAACAGGAGGGCACGAUGUUGUGGAAAAGGUUAGAAAUGUGCUGAGCAACACCACUAACGCUAUCGUUCGCUCCAGAACACUCUCCAUGGCGCUGGAAGAGUAUAUUUUUCAACUGCAAACUAUCUUCGACGAGGGGCUGCUCGAAAGGAUACUGGACGUCAUCAAAACAUACAAAGAUGUGGUUGACGACGCACUCAGGGAAUCGCUUUUCAAUGUUGGCAAGGCCUUGAUAGAGGGCACGCUGAAUUCCUCCAUCAACGACGAGCACCAAAAUGCACAGUUCAUCGAUUACAUGAUUUUCAUAGCAAGCAUAGGUGCGGGCAGGUUAUGUGCGGAUGUCAUCUUCAACCAGUGGUUCAAUACAAUCGAUUGCAUCAGGAAGGGGGUUUUCAUACCCGGUUCGGUCGCUUACGGCAUAUGGCAGGUCCUCCACCACGACGGCGUUGUUUACAACCUGUUCAAUAACACGAUGAAGAUGGAGUGCCUGAGCUUCUUCUACUUUGUCAGCUGCAAGGCGGACGUAGACUACGUGCUUCGGAACGCUUAUGGUUCAUUGGAUUCUGGAAAUGACAUUUCGAAUCUCUUCUACGUAUCCCUGAUACACUGGCUUUGCAAAAUAAACGCCAAACAGGUUACGGAUUACAAGCACUUCAAGAAGCUAGUGGAUGCGAUGCUGCGUAUCGCCUGCAACAGCAACAAGCAACUUGACGACCUCCUCAGCCCACCCUUUGAACUCGAUAACGGCCGUUUGGUCCGGUGGAAGGUUGCUUAUGUGUGCGCAGCUGUGUUGAUCAAGGUGGUGCCAAUUCCAACUUUGCGUGAAAAAAUUAACGCAAUCAUGAGCGACAAGGAUGGCGAAGAAGAGAGAUCCCGACUUGACGAGUUCCUCUCCAACGGGUUCCUGGAAUGUUACAGAUCUGGAAGAAUCAGUUGCAUCGCCAACCCAGUCAUCGGGGGAAACAUAUUUGAAAUGCGCAAUUACCAGCUGAAACACCUUCUGGGGAUGCUUAGCAAAGAAACUCGAAGCGGAUUGGGAUCGGUCAUCGAGGAAAUUGUCGAAUUGUGUUGGCAAUCGUCAGAAGAUGGCGACGCAAUGGGGAAACUCCUUGCCAUAAUAUGCCUGUGCAAGUUAAUAGAAAUCAACGAUACGCCUCCGGUUGGUGCAGCAGCGGUGCUCAAAAGGUAUCUCGAUGUCAUGGCCAAAGAGGACGUUUAUGUCUUUUUGAAUACGCACCACACGAUACAGCUGAGAUGCUUUGGAGCUGGAGACGAUACUCCCUACACACUCAUGCAAGUGCUCAGACACUCCGCGUCGGUAUUGAUAAGGGUACUAUCAGGGAUUCUUGUGCCGGCUGAGUCCGGGAAGGCAGCUAAAGAUGCCAAUACAGCAAACAACUAUAGGCCGCUUCUGUGGAAAUGGUUGUUACUGAACAAGAUAAAAGAAAUCGAGGAGAAACCCAAGCUCAUGAUUCCGUUUAUGGCCGCCUUUGUCUUGCAUUUGCACGAGGAUGUCACUUUGUUCAACGAUGUCAUCAAGGAAGUCAUCAUGGUGGUGCACUCAGACAUUAAUGGGUCAUGCAACGUAAUACAGGGUGGGGCGUUGGACGCCUUUUUCGGAGCCGUUGCAGUGGCCGUGGAACAUGGGUUAGAUAUGGACAUCGAAGUUGUGCAGGAGGCUUGCAUAGAUGUGAUGGUGGCAUGCUUAUGUUCGGAUGACGUGGUUGUCGCUGAUGUGACACCCUACAUGACACUGGUGGUCGAUCUCCUUGUGAAGACGCAAAGGUACGAUCUGUUGAGCACUGCACUCAAGAAGGUCUCUAACACGAAUCAGAGCGGUGUCCGUUAUCUGUUCAACCAAUGCCAUUUGCGCGACAAUGACACUUUCUGCCUCCACCCAGGCGUAGGGGCUUCCUCCGAUAGCCCACGCGAAGUGCCCGAGGCUAGUAAAGCGAUGCGUACUAGCCGAAGUGACCAGUUGACUUAUAUCAAGGUCAGAAAUUUGACCAAGUGUGGCAUUGUGCUGAUGGAAAUGCUCGACCGCAUGCUGGAUCAGACAAUUCCACGCCCUACCUCAGCUGAUCACAUCACUGAGGCAUUGUCUUCGGUUUGGGGUUUGAAGAAUGCCAAAAUAGUUGGAUUUGUGGACUCGUGCAUUUAUAAAAUGUGUUGCCUAUUUAGAGAUGCGUUCAUGGGAAUCAAGCCGCCGAAAUCGGCACUUACACAGAAAGAGGAUUCAGAAAGCAAAACAGUCGUUGAUCACCAGCACGGUGUGGUGGGGGCUAAGGAGCAGUCGCAUAUGGUGGAUUCGCAGUCAGAAAUGAUAGAUGUAGCCAGUGCCACUAAACCGCCAGUCAAUUGUUUCCCGAUGUGGCUAGUGAGCAAAAUAGUGACAGAAAUGCAGGUAGCCAGGAAAGGCGCGCCCGAUAAAUUGGAAACUGAAGAAGAGGAUGCAGGGCCUCAUGUGGAAUGUCAUUAUCUGCAGACAACAGCCGUUGAUUACGUUCACAGCCCCAAAUCGCAGUCAACUAGUGGCAAGGAUUCCCCCAAUUAUCUGUCGUCAUUUUCACGAAGCGAGUCUACGAACUUACAUGAUUCGUGGGCGGAUGACAGAAUAGCGUCUGUCUGUGAUAUGGGAUCGAGCUUUUCUAACGCUAUCAGAUCGUUGGUGUCGUUGAUCACGGUGCUGAGCACAGAUCGCGGCCUUUUGCAACAAGCCAUCAAGUGUGUUAUGCCAGAGUUUGUUGAAACACUACACUACACCCUGUCACAUCUCGAGGACAUGGAAGAAUUUGCUCUUGGAAGGCUCCGGGUGUACAACAACGUGUACUCCAUACCCCACGACGCACCGCAAUCGGAGGAGCCGGCUGUCAGUGACGCCAAUGAGAGCCGGAGAAUGGAGAAUCUCGUAAACACCGCAAUCUGGUCCAUUUCCAUCGUGGAUUCUGCUGUGAAGCAGAAAAUACGUGAGAUUGCCGCGUUUUUCUCAGAAACACUUGGCCACCCUUUCAACCAUGCACUGAUGAAGGCGGCAAAGGAAAUGUCAGAGCAAACGCCUGCAAAUGAUACGGCUUUUGAUGACGCGUGGCGUUCAGAAGGCACUCCAACUUCCAGAAGUGCUCCAUGCACGCCCAAAUCCCGUGGGUCAGGGCGUGAAAAGUCGAUGGAUCGAUACGCGACCAAAAUUGCUAGGGGUUCCAGCCGCAAGAUUGCCAAGUUCCAGGACGAGAGCCCCAAGGUAACAAGCAGAUUUCGAAAAACGGAUUCCAAGGGUGAAACUCCUGGCGAUGCUCCCGAAGCCGCCAGUUCGACUCCGACGGCCUUUGCGAAAGGUGCGAUAGCGCUAUGCAGAUUCACUGUGUCAUCCCGAGAUAACGUAAAGCAGAUAGAGCUCAGAAACUGGAUGAAGGGUACGCAAAAGGCGUAUCCCAAACAGCUGUUGGAAAAGGGUGAUCAUAGCCAUGUCGGUACAGUAUAUCAAGAAUUGGGGACGCAUGAGAAACGGAAUCUGUUCACCUCUGUCGCAUAUGACUCUGUGCUUGCCAAACUAAAGCACUUGUACGGCGAUAGCAACCUCAAAGAGAUCUUGGAUCUGGAAUUUGUUUAUGCCUUACGCCAUCUGGCCCACCAUGAGACGCUCUCUGGAACCUAUUACGAGACCAUGCUCACAUGUCUGGAUCGACCGCAAUGUGAUGAUCUUGACGUUAGAAAGCAGAUGUUGGCAUACUUGCUGUGCUUAGAAAACAAGCGUGAUGAGUUAAGCGAAAUUUUCGACGAGCUUGACAUCCCCAACGACCUCUACUCCAUCGUCAAGUACCUGCUGUCGUCGGAAAUUGGUGGCAACAGGGACAACGAGUACUACAUACCGCUGUACCUCGACCUCAUAUUCACGUUGUCGUUGGACAGCUGGGGGCUAUCAUUCUCGGAGGAAUACCCGGUGCUACCCACCCUGUUACCCAGGGACAGAAACAUACAUAUGACCCAAAUGGAACUCGUAUGCUCGGAGGAACACAGGGACACAUUUAAAAGCAAUCUUGCGUUGCUGAGGGAAUUCAGGCGGAUGGCUGCAGUUACACCUAAAAUGGAAGUAAAUAAACCGGAGCCAAAACCGCUUUCAUUCCCAGUAGUCGAAAACCGGCUGGAGGUGUAUAACUCCCUGCUGGGGAAAAUGCAUGAGUACUACACCCUGUACUUCGAAAGUGUUUCCUCUAUGCGGCGCUUUAAAACCUGCCUGAGGAUUAUGUGGCACUCUGACGAGGAGUUUGCCUCGCGGUUGUGGACGACCGUAUUCCCUCAAAUAUACGACACCUUCACUUCCUUCCAGCAAGAAGACGUGGGUAAAGAUGUCUGUCGGUAUCUGUGCCGCGAGGAGCAUCUUUACAGCAGUGGCAAUACGUGCAUAACCGUACUGCAGGGCGCCAUUAGCUGCUACCCUCCCAUCAACAUACCGCCUGAAGUGCUCAAGUAUCUGGCUGUCACCAAGGGUUCGUGGCACGAGGCGCUCUACCACCUGGAAAAGCAGCUUCUAUCACAACCUCUGGAUAUCACCAGGAUGGCGACGGUAUUGUCGGACCUGUAUGAUCGCCUCAACAUGAACGACAUGACUAUAGGGGCCUACCGCACAUGGGUGAUUACGCAAGAGACGCGCCUGGCGAUUUGCUUCCUGCAACACGCGAAGUGGAAGCAGGCGCAGCGUGAAUUCAACUCCAUUAUGGAAUCAUUGGCUGUGACGGGGCAAACGGCGGAGGCUGUGUCGAGCUUUGACGAGUCGAAAAUAUGGUACAGCGGCUGGGUACAGGCAAGCAAGCAACUGGGUGAAUGGGACCUGCUUCGGGAUGUAUCAUUCGUUGCGGGAGACCAGAAACUAUUCAUGGAGUCCAGCAGCGCAUUGCAGGAGUGGGGGGAAAUUCUGCCGGAGGACGGUCUGGACAACGUAAGCAGGAUAUUCGCGUUGGAUAACGCCGAAUGUGCGAUCAAUAAAGUAUACCAACAGCUGCAGACUGACAUCCUGCCACUCAGGGAAGUUGAUCAUGGAAUCACGCCAACAUUCACGUUGAAUUGUGCACGCAAGGCCGAUAAAAUGGUAAAAUACGGCAAAAGUAAGCUCCUAGAUUCGUGGCUGCUCCUGCCCAAGGGACUUUGUGAGGCCCACAGGGUGCCCAUGAGGCAGCACCAGCGCUUCGUUGAAGUUGAAGAGGGUAUGAAAUAUCUGACGGAUAUUAUGAGGAAUGUGCACGCGGGUAAGGUGCCAGAGUCUGUACCCAUAGUCUCAAAGUGGCGUAAGCGGCUGCCCUUGGCAUGCGAUAUGCCGUCCGUGUGGCAUGAAAUGUUGGCAUGGAGAACAUUCAUAUUCUCAACUGUGAAGUCUAUUGUGGCAAACAGUCACACUGUGCCGAAGGAUGCCAAGUUAGCUGCGAUGCUGAAUCUGCAGGACCUCCAGUGGACACUAACGAAGUUCGCCUCCGUAACACGCAAAUCACACCAACUGCCGCUGGUGGCGGCUGUCAUACUGAACAAGGCGCACAAAUUCCAUAAGAGUAUACUGGAGCAAAGCAAUCUGGUAACCGAGGACUGCCUGGUGAUCAUGAUUGAGCGCAUAAAGCAGUACGUCUCCAUACCUGUCAAUGUACAUGAUAUGCUAAAGGGGGUUGUUACGGUAGAUCUUGAUCUUGUGCCGGGAUCGGGUUGUGAAACUCUCAAGUCGCACGUUAUCAGACUUCUGGCAGACGCAAUCAAUCGUAAGGCAGCUUUAGAAAUACCGAAGAGGCCGACUCAUGUAGAGAACGAACUCGCAUCCAACUUCAUGAUGGACGCCCUAAAGCUUGAACCCAUGCUCUCUAAAAAUUGGAUAGCGUGGGCAAAGUACAACGAUAAGCGCAUCGAUCGCUCGGCUGUGCAACAAUGGAAGUCAGGUGAAGGGACCUUCCCCUCAGAAUUUUAUGAGAACGCCAUCAUGGGAUAUCUGACAGCUAUAUCGAUACGCCCACACCACCACUGGCUGCUGAUAGGGCGCGUACUCACGCUCCUCAAUGAAAUGAAGUUCAUAGCAAUGAAUAAGUCGUGUAUCGAGACAUUCAAGAAAUACAGCGAGCGUGUUCCAGUAUUGGUGUGGUUGUCGUGGCUGCCGCAGCUCAUCUCGGGCCUCAAUAGGCUGGAUGAUGGAGAAAUGCAGCACGUCCUACAGUUGCUUAUGAAUAGACUGCCUCAACAGGUGUUUUAUGCUCUCAGGUGUGAAUACUUCGCUCAAAAUUCGAACGGAGAUAGCGAAAACGGAGCCGAGCUGACUGAGCCAGCAACCAUGAAACGGAUCCUGAGCAACCUCAUUGCAUCAAACCCAAAUGUGGGAACAAUGCUGGAAUCAUUCGCGGCCACUGUGACGCAAAUCGGUAGACCCGACUUCGUCGACGAGGUGCUGUCUGCCACGGAAACCGUGUUCGAGGAGUGCCUCGACCUACCGUUCAACGAAAAGGUGCCUCCGCAUGUUUUCAAUUACCUGGCCCUGAAAAUGCCACACCGAUCGUCGCUGUUGAACGAAACAGGAGACCCGGACUCUCAAAUGGCGCAAAUGAUGAAACAAUUUGACAAGGAGUUCAGCGAGGCCAGCACUAAAAUGAAGUGCAGUGAGACCAUGAACUUGUUGAUCGAUUGGAUGACGAAGCUGAGCGAGCUCUCCAAGACAUCGCAAAGCGAUAUUCUGCAGCAGCAAAUGAAUCACAUGAAGGUACACCAGUUCUGCCAACACCUGCAAAUGCUAGACAUGGAGCUGCAGCUGCCAACAAUACGGCCCACCCUAACUUUGCUGUACCCCAAACAGCGGGAUAGCAUAGGGGAAUGCAUGAAUGUAGUGGCGUUAUUGCCUAAGGUGAAGAAACGUCGGAGGGGUAUGCAUAUCGUGAAGUCUAUCUCUAUGCUUGCGCAAAAUGGGCAGGUGUACGUAUACACCGUACAGCCUCUGACGCUUCUGAGGCAAAAGUCGGACCAACAUAUCAGCCAGAUGUUGAAACUGUUCAACCACUACGCCUUGAAGUACAACGAAACGCGCAGAAGGGAUGCCGUCAUGCCGGUUGUAAACGUGGUGUCCCUCGACCCUUACCUUUGCCUUUACGAAGAGGACGAGCACGAUGAAACGCUCUCGGAGAUCUUUUCAGCGGCGGUGUCGUACCGGAACAUCGUCAAAGAACGUCCUGAGUUUAAGAAAAUGAUUAACAUGCACCCAUCGAUGUACCGGGAGACAAACGUUUUGCUGCUGGUGCUACAUAAGAUGAAGAUGGAGACAGGAGUGACGCAGCAACUGGUGCAACGCUGGAGGCAAUUCAACGCAGAGUGCGAUGAUAACCUCGGCUUCACGCAAGUGUAUCAAAUGUUCAAAGACAGGCAGUACCCGUGGUUCACCGCAUGGUACAAAAAAAUACAUCAAGACGUUCUCAUGGAGGCAUACAGCGAUCUGUGCUCCCUCGUACCUGAUGACAUUCUCCUCAAGUACGCAAUGAGCCGGUUCGACAACUACCAAGAUUUCAUGACUCUAAGGCAAAGGUUCACCAGCAACUACGCGAUACAGGCGCUACUCGGGCUCAUGUUCGUAGCACCGUACGCCACGCCAUGCAAACUGAGCAUGAACUUCAGCACCGGGGGGUUCAAGCUGCUGGAUUUCAGACUCAACUACUCGCGAGAAAUAUUCGUGGAGUACUCCAAGCUGCGAGUUUUCAGAUUUACUCGCAACAUUAAAACCAUGAUCGGACCAGUCUGCCGCAUGGGAAUCAUGCCGGCGGUCAUGUACGCCAUCUGCGCCGCCAUACACACGUACAAGAUCGACAUCUUGGGAUGUCUGAGCGCCAUACUCAGCGACGAUUUCGGCAUAUUCCAUUCCGGCCCCAACUCGCCGUACGCCAAAGCUGACGGCCAGGGAAACCAAGCAUCCAGUCAGGGAUCCAACGGCGAAUCGAAGGCCGUUACACCGAACAUUACCCCCAACCGCGAAAUCAACCAACUGGACGAGUACAUCGGGCGCGUGCUCAACUACUGCUCCUACCUCAGGUCGCCCACGGACCAGGAGCAGUGCAACAUGCCCAUCAACAACAUCAUAACGUGCAUCAUCGACGCGUCCGCCGACUCCAGCACGCUAGACGGGGUGCGCCCCGUGUUGGAGUUCCCACCAUUCAGGUCACUGUACAGCACCAAAUCAUAUCCAUCGGCGUGA